AUGGAUAAAACCCAUCUUUCAAGCUCUAAUGACAUCAUUAUGACGAGCUCAACUGGCUACCAGCAGGAACCCAUGACUCCACCCAGACCCACCCACAUCCACUCCUCAUCCUCUUCUAUGUCCUCACCCUCUCCCUCUUCUUCCUCCUCACCCCUCAAGCCCAACCAGGUUGGCCAGGUCAUCCUGUACGGCGUUCCCAUUGUAUCACUGGUCAUCGAUAACAAUGAGAGACUUUGCCUGGCGCAGAUUUCCAACACACUCCUGAAGAACUACAGUUAUAAUGAGAUUCAUAAUCGUCGCGUGGCACUGGGCAUCACCUGUGUCCAGUGCACUCCGGUUCAGUUGGAGAUCCUCCGUCGGGCUGGUGCCAUGCCCAUCUCGUCACGCCGCUGUGGCAUGAUCACCAAGCGUGAAGCAGAGCGCCUGUGCAAGUCCUUCCUGGGAGAGAACUCGCCGCCGAAACUGCCCGAUAACUUUGCCUUCGAUGUGACACACGAGUGCGCCUGGGGUUGCCGUGGUAACUUCAUACCGGCACGCUACAACAGCUCCAGAGCCAAAUGCAUCAAGUGCUCCUUCUGCAAUAUGUACUUCUCCCCAAAUAAGUUCAUUUUCCAUUCCCAUCGCACACCAGACGCCAAGUACACCCAACCUGAUGCUGCCAACUUUAACUCCUGGCGACGGCAUCUCAAACUCACUGAUAAACACCCACCUGAUGAGUUAGUUUACGCGUGGGAAGACGUCAAAGCUAUGUUCAAUGGAGGGAGCCGGAAGAGAGCACUGCCCUCUUCAGCCCAGUGUCCCUCCAUGGGGCCCAUGAAGACUCUCCCAGGUUCGGUGGUGCCUCACAUGAUGGGACCUGACCUGGGCGCUCAGAAAAGAGCCCGCUUUGAAGACGAGGAUGACCUGGAUGGAGGUAGUCUGUCUCCUCGUAAAACACCACGUAGCUACCCUGUCAUCCCCGUCCCAAGCAAAGGCUUCGGCAUGCUGCAAAAGUUCCCUCCAACAUCACUCUUCCCCUCACCUUACCCCUUCCCAGCAUUUGGCCUCUGCCAGCAGAAAAAAGAGGACAGUGAUGUUUCAGCUGGGCAGAAAGGAGCAGGGUUCUAUGGCUCGGCCUUCCGCCCCGUCAUCAAGGAUGCAGAGAGCCUCGCCAAACUCCACAGCAAUGGUGGAGGAGUCACUGGGGCAACGGAUGAGGACUUUGGGGUCGUGGUCGCCGGGUCAGACCGCCACCAGAGGCUAUCACCCACCAGCAGCUGUAGUUAUGGCAGUGAAAGUGGAGGCGACGGAGAAGCAGAGGGAGCGGAGAGCGAGGAGGAGGGGGAGGUGGAUGUGGAGUCAUCGAAGCAGGAGGACGAGGAGGAGGAAGGGAGUUUCACAAGCAGGCCGCCACAGACUCAAACCAACCUGUACUUCCCUGCACUGAGCGACAGUGCCGGAGAGGAGAGGGGGAAGGAGAGAGGGAGUGGCGUAUCGUACCCCAGCACCUCCCCUCCCUCCUCCUCGGACCCCAUCCAGCAGGAGUCCCCCAGCCUGCCUGCUUCCCCUCCAGCCAGCCUGCCUCUCUCCAGCUCCAACCCACCUCACCGAGAGGACCCAGCUUACAAAAACAUUCACAAAAACAGAGACGAAGGGCUACCCGCGUACGCAACCAAAGACAACUCCAGCAUUUCUGAUGAAAACAAAGAGCAGAAUAGUUUCUUUGCACCGGAGAGUGAGACGUCAGCAGCAGACUACUGGAGGGAGAGCUCAGGUGAUCAAAGCCAAAGAGCUGCUUCUCCUGUCCCACUGAAGAAGGAUGUUGAAAACAUGGAGAAAGAGGAGCUUCAGAAGGUUCUGCUGGAGCAGAUCGACUUCAGGAGGAGACUGGAGCAAGAGUUUCACGCUCUGAAGGGCACUUCACCAUUUCCUGUCUUCCAUAAUUUUCAAGACCAGAUGAAACGAGAGCUCGCCUACAGAGAGGAGAUGGUCCAACAGUUACAGAUGAUUCCUUACGCAAACAUCCUCAGAAAAGAAAAGAUCAGCUCACAUCUCAACAAGUAG